UCAGCCUUGUUUUUAAGGUUAGUGACUGUGGAGACGGUGCCAAACGUUCACUCUCUCCCCUCCGUCAGUCUGUGCUGACCGCUGGAGAAGUCCAACUUCAGCCGGAGCAGCUCUCCUCUUCGACGUCCAUUUGUCCACUUUGUCUCCACCUCAGCGGGGAUGGUGUCCUUCGACGACCUCCUGGAGGAGGCUGGAGCCUUUGGACAUUUUCAGAAGCGUAUCUUCUGCGUGCUCUGCCUGCUCUCGAUGCCCUUCGCCGCGGUCUACGUGGGCAUCGUCUUCCAGGGCUUCACUCCAAACCACUGGUGCCGGCUCUCGGGUGGAGCGGCAGCGGCGGAGGUGAUGGAGGAGAAGAUGCAGGAGUGCGGCUGGAGUCUGGAGGAGGCUCUGAGGAAGUCGGUGCCGUUGGUCAACGUCUCUGGAGACGUGCAGCCCAGCAGCUGUCUGCAGUACCAGGUGGACUGGAACAGCACCACUCUGGGCUGCGACCCAACAGAUGUGGACCUCAGAGGAGCCCCGGUCUCCAGGUGCAAGGACGGAUGGUCGUACGGGUACAAAGGCAGGAGCUCCUUCGUCACUGAGUUUCACCUGGUCUGUGAGGACGCCUGGUUUGUGGACCUGUUCCAGUCCACCAUAAACGUCGGAUUCCUCGCCGGCAGCUUCGCCUUUGGUUACUUCGCUGACAGGUUUGGCAGGAAGAUCAGUUUCCUGGUGUCCAACAUCCUGAACGCGGUCUCUGGUCUGGCCCUGGCUCUGGCUCCAAACUAUGUCUCUGUCCUGGUGUUCAGGACCAUUUUUGGCUUUGGGACAAAGGGAGGCUGGAUGAUCGCCUACGUCUUCAUGACGGAGAUUGUCGGAGUGAAGCACAGAAAGACCGUGGGAAUCCUGUUCCAGAUGUUCUUCAGCGUUGGCCUCCUCAUCCUCCCACUGAUCGCCUACUUCAUCACUGACUGGCGCUGGCUGCAGGUGGCGCUGUCUGCUCCCUACGUCCUCUUCCUCGCCUACUACUGGUUGGUCCCUGAAUCUCCACGUUGGCUCAUCUCCCAGAAUCGUCUGUCCAAAGCUGCAGAGAUCACCACGGCCAUCGCCGACGAGAACAAGAGAAAAAUCACCAAGAGCUUUGAGGCUCUGACCUGUGAUGAAGGUGACUCUUCUUCAGCGUCUCUGCUGGACCUGUUCAGGACUCCAAAGAUGAGGAAGCACACCUUGAUUCUCAUGUUCAACUGGUUCACCAGCGCGGUGGUCUACCAGGGUCUCGUCAUGCGUGUGGGAAUCACUGGAGGAAACAUCUACCUGGACUUCUUCAUCUCCAGCCUGGUGGAGUUCCCUGCUGCCUUCCUCAUCCUCUUCACCAUCGAACGCGUCGGUCGCCGUCUUCCCUUCGCCACCGCCAACUUUGCAGCUGGAGCUUCCUGUUUCAUCACUGCUUUUAUCCCUGACUCUCUGCUGUGGUUGAAGACGGCCGUGGCCUGCGUGGGGCGUCUGGGCAUCACCAUGGCCUUUGAGAUGCUGGUGUUCGUCAACAUUGAGCUGUACCCCACGACGGUCAGGAACCUGGGCGUCUCCGUCUGCUCCACGCUCUGUGACAUCGGUGGAAUCAUCGCUCCCUUCCUGCUCUACAGACUGGCCGCCGUCUGGCUGGAGCUGCCGCUCAUCAUCUUUGGACUGCUGGCCUUCAUAGCUGGAGCUGUGGUUCUGAUGCUGCCUGAAACCAGAGGAGUCCGUCUUCCUGAGACCAUCCACGACGUGGAGUUCCCUCAGAGAAUAAUUCCAAGGUCGGUGGAAAACCAUCAGACAAGAACACUGAUAAAAACAGACCUGACUGUUAACAAGGAAACAACCAGCGUGUGAUUGGUCGACUGUCACGUGUGUGUAUAUGUGUGUAUGUGUGUGUGUGUGUGUGUGUUUUAAUAGAAUUGUCUUUUCAAAUCAACAUGACGAGUCACCAAAGGUAAUUAAAAAAACAUCUUUACA